CGCGGCGCUGAGAGGGGAUGGGACCCGGGAACAGAUGGCGAUUGGUGUGCGGCCGACCAACCAAAAGACUAAAAUAAUUAUAAACAGGAAUUUAACGGAUAUGAUCCGUGUGUGGAUUAACCCGAACAGGGUCAUUUUCAUCGAUGAGCUGACCAGCGUAGCGUUGAGCUUGGGUUCUGAAUAGGCUCUGAGAAUGGAGCAGUUCACCGAGACGGCGAGUGGCGGAGAGCAGAUUGUGGUGCAGGCAUCUGGUGGAGCAGUGCAGCAGCAGAGCACAGUGACUGCAGUGCAGCUGCAGGCCGACGGCCAGGUGGAUGCGGGUGCGGCCCAGCAGGUGCAGACUCUCCAGGUCCAGGGGCAGCCUUUAAUGGUGCAGGUCAGCGGGGGUCAGCUCAUCACCCCUUCCGGGCAGCCCAUAAUGGUACAGGCCGUGCCAGGAGGACAGGCGCAGACGAUCAUGCAGCUACCCGUGACAGGCUCGCAGGGACUUCAGCAGAUCCAGCUCGUGCAGCCGGGACAGAUUCAGCUCUCGGGAGGUCAAACGCUACAAGUCCAAUCUGCACAGGGCCAGACGCAGCAGAUCAUCAUCCAGCAGCCGCAGACUGCAGUGACCGCAGGACAGAACCAGCCUCAGCAGAUCACAGUACAGGGUCAGCAGGCUCAGACAGCGGAGGGUCAGACCAUCCUGUACCAGCCGGUCAACGCUGAUGGAACCGUCCUCCAGCAGGGCAUGAUCACUAUUCCAGCCGCCAGCUUAGCAGGAGGGCAGAUCAUCCAGGCGGGUUCAAACGCGAGUGGCAGCGGGGGUCAGGGCACCGUGACCGUCGCCGUACCCGUCACAGGAAACGUGGUCAAUGCUGGAGGAAUGGUCAUGAUGGUCCAAAGCGGCGGUUCUGUCCCCACCAUGCAGCGGAUCCCUCUCCCCGGAGCUGAGAUGCUGGAGGAGGAGCCGCUCUACGUUAAUGCUAAGCAGUACCACCGCAUCCUGAAGAGACGCCAGGCCCGCGCCAAGCUGGAGGCCGAGGGCAAGAUCCCGAAAGAGAGGAGGAAAUACCUGCACGAGUCUCGUCAUCGGCACGCCAUGGCGCGGAAGCGUGGUGACGGCGGACGCUUCUUUUCCGUCAAAGAGAAGGAGGAGAUGGCCGUGCAGGUGAGCGGGAGGCUCCAGAUAAAUCCCAGCACUGAUUGGACUGCCAUCUCGGCCCUGCCACUGGGAUAACAAUCGCAUCUCGGGCUUUUAAGCAAUACACGCUCCUCUUUGCAAGCCAAAGAGACUGCACGUGUGUGUGUGUACGCACAUGUUCGUGUGUGUGUGUCUCUGUGUAUGUUUGUGCUUUCAGGCUUCAUCGUGCGUGUGUAAUUUAUCCCUGCUGAGACUGUGUGGCUCGACAGCGGUACGAUACAAAUUGCCCUAAAACACGAAAGCGACCGUGGAAUAUUUUCAAACCGAGUGGGCCGUUUGUUAAUAACGGCUUUUAUUCAUUUUAUUAGAUAUGAGCAGUGACCUAGAUGACGCGCUGAUACACGCUUCUUAGAUAAGCUUAUUUUUUGCAUGCUUAACUUAAUAUUAAUGUCAUAAUUGCACAGUAAAUCUCUUCAGCACUUUAUUCUUACUGUACAGCCACUGUUUCAGAGCCAAAAACAAAACUCGUCCUUGUGCUGCCCCAGUGUUAAGAUUUCAAGUGCGCAACCUGAUAGAAAUCACACUGGAUUUUAAUCUGACCUCAUUUAAUCUCACUAAAGUCAGUAUUAUAAUUCAGUCCUUCCUCGUAAUUUCUUAUCAUUCGUGAUUAUUCACGGUAAACCGGCUGAUUCCACGAUUCAUCGAGCUUCAAGACUCAUCGUUUGCAGGAUUUUGCUUUUCUCUGUAACCUAUUGUGUUGUUUUGAUCUGUGCCGUCUGCAUGGCUUAUGUGUAUCGGUAUCGCUGCUUUCGGAGUUUUGCAUCAUUGCUUCGUUGUUUGUCAUAAGUUAUUGACAUGUUUAAAAUGUUUCGAAAGGAACGCAUGCAGAACCGAGCUUGUGUUUUCACCUGCCCGAUAAAACAAGCCGUUCGUGUCCCUGCUGUUUUCUUGUACUGUUUUCUUCUGUUUCUUUUUUUUUUAAUUUGCAAAUAAACACGUUUUAAGUUUUCUA